GCCAAAACACACAGUAGCAGUAGCUGGUAGGCUAGACGGCAGACGGGUAAUCGACAGGUUCAGUGGACAAACUCGCAGAAAAAAAGAAUUCCCAUUGAAUAGCAAAAUUUGUGAAUUUACGAUGGCGGACGUCGGUGAGGUUUUGAUGUCCGUUUUAUCCACAAUUCGUGUUCCAAAGCCGGGAGACCGAGUCCACAAAGAUGAAUGCGCCCUGUCAUUUGCUUCGCCGGAGAGUGAAGGAGGCCUGUAUGUGUGCAUGAACAGUUUCCUGGGUUUUGGCAGUCAGUAUGUGGACAGGCACCAUGCUCGGACUGGGCAGAGAGCUUACUUGCACAUCACCCGGACUCGGAAGGCCAAGAAGGAAGAUGACAGUAACUCUGGCUCUGGACACCCACCCAAGAAAAAGCCCACCAGACUGGCCAUAGGGAUAGAAGGUGGUUUUGAUGUUGAACAGGAGCAAUAUGAAGAGGAUGUAAAGGUCGUAAUUUUACCAGACAGACAGGAAGUGACUUCAGAGGACCUUGCAACAAUGCCUGAUGUUGUGCGAGAGCGGGUGUCUCUGUCAAUGGCGGGUAUCAUGGCAGCUGACUCAGUGUCUCACACCUUACAAGUUCAGCAGUGGGAUGGAGAGGUGAGACAGGAGUCGAAGCAUGCCGCUGACCUGAAACAACUUGACAAUGGAGUCAAGAUCCCUCCUAGUGGCUGGCGGUGUGAAGUGUGUGAUCUUCAGGAAAAUAUUUGGAUGAACCUGACGGAUGGCAAAGUGCUCUGUGGUCGCCGGUAUUUUGAUGGCUCGGGAGGCAACAACCAUGCACUUCUCCACUAUCAGGAGACGGGAUACCCACUCGCUGUCAAACUUGGUACCAUCACUCCAGAUGGUGCUGACGUGUACUCCUAUGAUGAGGAUGACAUGGUGCUGGAUUCCAAGUUACCAGAGCACUUAGCUCAUUUUGGCAUCGACAUGAUGACUAUGGAGAAGACUGAGCGGACAAUGACAGAGUUGGAGAUCGCUGUAAACCAGCGUGUAGGGGAGUGGGAGGUAAUCCAGGAGUCUGGUACCACCCUGAAGCCCUUGUUUGGGCCUGGUUUGACUGGCAUGAGGAACCUGGGAAACAGCUGCUACCUCAAUUCUGUCAUGCAAGUGCUCUUCACCGUUCCAGAUUUCCAGAGCAAAUACGUGUCACAUUUUGACAAGAUCAUUGAUGAGGCACCAAGUGACCCAACCCAGGACUUCAAAACUCAAGUAGCUAAACUGGGUUAUGGGCUGUUGUCAGGAGACUACUCCAAACCAGCACCAGACCCUGGAGAUGAAAAUGGUGCAUCUGAACCCAGGGGUGACCAAAUUGGAAUAGCGCCGCAAAUGUUUAAAGCACUUGUUGGACGAGGCCACCCAGAGUUUUCCACCAAUCGACAACAGGAUGCCCAGGAGUUUUUAUUGCACUUCAUAAACAUGGUGGAGAGAAACUGUCGCUCUGGGUCUAAUCCAUCAGAAGCGUUCAGGUUUCUGGUGGAAGAGAAGAUUGUUUGCCAGCAGUCACAAAAGGCCAAGUACACACAGCGGGUGGAUUACAUUGUACAGCUCCCUGUGCCCAUGGACCAGGCUACUAACACAGAAGAGCUUCAGGAAGCAGAGCGCCGCCGUGAGGAGGGGGACUCAUCAGCACCAACAGUGCGUGCACAAAUCCCCUUCUCAGCUUGUAUGGCAGCUCUCAGCGAACCAGAGAUCCUCACAGACUUCUGGAGCUCAGCUGUGCAAGCAAAGACUACUGCUACCAAAACAACCCGCUUUGCCUCUUUCCCUGACCACCUGGUUAUCCAGAUUAAAAAGUUUACUUUUGGCCUUGACUGGGUGCCUAAGAAACUGGAUGUGAGCAUCGACGUUCCUGAUACUCUGGAUCUGAGCGCGCUGCGUGCCACCGGUCAGCAGCCAGGGGAGGAGCUUCUCCCAGAGGUGGCCCCGCCCCCACUCAUGACCCCAGAUGUGGAGGUUAAAGCUCCAGUCCUUGAUGACUCUACUGUGUCCCAGUUGUGUGAAAUGGGAUUCCCACUGGAGGCCUGCAGGAAAGCAGUGUAUUACACUGGAAACACUGGAAUUGAUGCUGCCAUGAACUGGAUCAUGAGUCACAUGGAUGAUCCAGACUUUUCGGCUCCCUUGGUGUUGCCGGGCGGCAGCUCUGGACCCGGAACCACUCCCACAGAGAGCCUGUCUGAGGAGCACCUGGCGACAAUCGUGUCCAUGGGCUUCAGUCGAGAUCAGGCAACCAAAGCACUCCGAGCAACGAGUAACGUUCUGGACCGUGCAGUGGACUGGAUCUUCUCUCACCUGGAUGAUCUGGAGUCCAUGGACGUGUCUGAAGGCGGCCGCUCGGCUGCAGAGAGCGAGGGAGGCAGGGAUCCUCCGCCUGGGCCUCGAGUCCGAGACGGACCAGGCAAAUACGAGCUGUUUGCGUUCAUCAGUCACAUGGGAACCAGCACCAUGUGUGGCCACUACGUUUGUCACAUCAAGAAGGACCAGCAGUGGGUGAUCUUCAACGAUCAGAAGGUCUGCGCUUCAGAGAAGCCUCCCAAAGAUCUGGGAUACCUUUACUUCUAUCGCAGAGUGGCUGAAUGAGACAGAGGGGUGUGGUGGUGGUGGGGGGGUGCCAACAAACUCAUGACAGCAAGCUCUUACAAACGCCCUGACCUGCUUCACAACUGACAAAACUGUAAAUAAAUCUCCCAGAUUGCCUGAACACAGUUAAAUAAAUGGGGUAAAUGUACAGAG